AUGAAUUUUCAUCGCCGGAGUGUAUCCGUCACCAUAGGUGUACUGCUGAUUGUGGUGCUUUGCUUUUGCUGGAAAAUAUUUGGAUCUUACGGUGCAAUAUCAACGGAACUACCACGUAAUGUGUCUGCCAUCAAAGCUGCAGGCGCAGGUGCGCCUGUUAUACGAUGGGACAACUACGAAGAGUUUGUUAGAGACAUUGAUUUCGAGAACAGCACAGCCGUCUUCAAUUCCAUCCGUGCUGCCUUGAGACAAUCUCCAUCUGAUAUCCAUCCAGUCGGCGUGUCUUAUUUCCCCGCUGUGAUUCCCAAGGGCACUCUAAUGUACCAUGCCGGAUCAAAGGUACCAACUACUUUUGAGUGGUUAGCCAUGGACCACGAGUUCAGUUACUCUUUUGGCUUGAGAUCCCCAUCCUAUGGAAGAAAGUCUUUGGAAAGAAGGCGCGGAAGACCCGGUAAUGGUACACAUGGUGAUCGUCCAAAAGGAACACCGCCAAACGAACACGACCGGAGUUCACAAAUUAUGCUCACUUAUAGAGCGGUACGGGACCUAAACAAAUUUCUCUACCUUGACGGUGCUUCUGCUGCGAAGACAGACUCGGGAGAAAUGGACACGCAGCUAAUGCUGUCCAAUGUUAUUAAGAAAAAAUUGAAUCUUCCGGAUGAUGAUGAAAACGGGCGUAUGGCAGAGCGACUCUAUGCCUCCAGGAUAUGUAAGUGGGGGAAACCACUUGGGCUCGAUGGCAUUAUCAGGGUAGAGGUUGGCUUUGAGGUUAUUUUGUGUGAUUUUGCGGCUGAUAAUGUCGAGCUCGUGUCCAAUAUAGAAAUGGUCUAUCCGAAUCAGUACCUAGGCUUGCCGUCGCCUACAGUAAUUUCAAAGGAAGAGGGCUGGCCACUAGAUGAAGACGGAAAGUUGCUUGAAGAUCACUUAACAGAUGACCAAAAAGCGAUUCUUGAAAGGGAAGAUGGAUGGGAGCAAGUUUUGUCUGGCUUCAACGCUGCCAAGAGCUUUAAUUGGUUGAGGGCGGGUGCGGCACAUGAUCAUGGGGAGCAUCGAAUCCAUCUUGAUUACAGGCACUUUGUGAGUGGAAUAAACAGGACUUAUAUUACUCCUGAUCCUAAUAACCGAAGAUUACUCAGUGAUGGAAUGACAUGGGAAAAGCAAUUGGAGAUGGUUAAUGAUCUAGAGAAAGUAUUGGAAGUGGGGUUUGAUGCCACCCAAAGCAUGGAUUGGCAGCUAGCGUUGGACGAACUUGUUACUAAGUUUGCGCCAUUGCUGAAAUCUAUUAGUAAUAUUCUAAACACCGAUGGUGAUAUUAACGAGUCAGUCGCAAUCAAUACAACAGCACUCACUUUGAACUUUUGUCUAAGAUUCGAGGCCACAACGAAUACCAGCGAUCAAUUCGGUACUGGAAAGAACUUUGCCCUCUACCAAUAUGUGAGUCCAUAUCAGGAUUUGAAGACCGACGCAGAUUUUCUGAUUUGGUCAUCCACCGUCAAAGUUGUUAGAGAAAUCGUUGAUGUCAUUUAUCAAGUUAAUGAGUUACUGGUCCCCGAAGUUCAUUCAAUUUUGAGGGAUAACAAAACAUCCAGUGACCUAGCAGAACACGUUGGAACUGCUCGCUCCGCUGUUGAUGACUUGAUCGAGUCUCUGGGGUGGAUUGAGUUGAACUACCGCUGUGAGAGACAGUGUAAUUGGGAUGAAGUCUGCUAUACUCCUUCGUGGGGUCCAUCCCCAAUGGGCAUGACAGACCCUGGGUCACAUGACGGGGGAUUUGGGACGCACUUUGACGAAUCUCGCCAGAGGCUGGUUAUUGACAGCGACCUGCAAUGCAUUAGCGUAAACAAUUUGCUAGCAAAUCACAAAUUUUAG